AUGACACGGCGAUGGAGAUUAGAACCCUUGAGGAAUCUAUUAAAGAUUCGAAGAAGGACAUCACCAACUUUAACGAUAGCGAUUUUCUUUACACUGUUGUUCGCGAUGAGUAGUUAUAAAAUUACUGACAUUGUUCUUGACCAAAUAGCAUAUCCUUACAAUAUGUACCAAGGCUAUCCAUUAUCCAUUUACGACCAUCCCUAUAACAUCAUCACAAACAUUACAUGUUUGGGUAAUUCGAGAAUCAACAUGAUCAUCGUUAUUCAUUCUGCAGUAACAAAUUUUGAGAAACGUGCAUUAAUAAGACGGUCAUGGGCCAAUAAACAUCUACUAUCCGGGUACGGCAUGAGAGUCGUUUUCGUCUUAGGUCUGCCUUCACAUAACGAGAUACAAGCUCUUGUCCAUCAGGAGUCUUUGUACUAUAACGAUAUUAUACAGGGAACCGUCUAUGAUUCAUACACAAAUAUAACUCACAAAGCUGUUCUGUGGCUGAGAUGGGUAAAGGAAUAUUGUCCAAACGCGCGUUUCAUUCUCAAGCUUGAUGAUGACGUUUUUGUCAACGUAUUUUCGUUAUACCACAACUUUUUACCAAACUAUAAGAACACGUCAAUGAAAAUGUGGUGUGAAAUUAAGAGUGCUGGAAAACAGGCAAUUUCAAGAAUGAGAGGAAAGAAAUGGAGAGUUGCUAGUCAUGAGUUAAAAGGUUUACAAUACUAUCCGCUAACACUGUGUAGAGGAUACUUUGUGAUAAUGACACAAGACAGUAUUGGGCCGAUGUACGAAACAGCAAAACAUACACGUUUCUUUUGGAUUGAUGAUUAUUAUGUGUUUGGAACGUUAGCAAAUUCUACAGGAGUGAAACAUUCUUCGCUAGUACAGUUUCUUAGCAAGGAAAAAGAAGCUUUCCGAUGUUUUAAAUCGAGAAAACAAUUAUGUCCAUUACUAGGCGUUUUGCUUGAAUUGUCAGAUGUCAAUGUUAGUAUGGAGACUCUUUGGAGAUACGCAAUUGACCAUGUAAAAAAUGAUUUUAGCCUGGACUGA